AAGAGAACAGACUGAGAGAGAGAGGAGGAGGAGAGAUCAACUAAGAAAACCAGAAGGAAGACAGAGGGGUGGAGGAGGACAAGGACACAUCGUCUGUCUUUCAGUUUGACUGGAGAGUUGCUGAGUUUGACCAAAUGGAGGAUUCAGAGAAUAUCACAGUGAUCAGCGAGAAGGAGGUAAUAAAUGAGCAGGAAUCCAAACACACAGAGUCUCAGGAGCCGGCUGACUCAGAGCCAAGAGGUGGAGCUAACAAAGACAACAAAGAAAACCAAGAAAAAGAAGAAGCUCCAGCCAAUGACACCGAGGCUUGUGAGCAAAAGGGCGGAGUCCCAGAGAACACUAACACAGUGGAAGAGAAAGAGAAACAAGAGAUCACAAAAAAUCAAACUGGAGAUGUAGAAAAAGAGACAGAGCUAAAUGAUAACAAAGAAGGUGAGAUAAAAGAAGAAGGAAAAGAAAGUAGCAAUGACCCACCUGAGAAUGAGAACAAUUCCUGUGACAAAGAAGGACAAUUUGAGGAGAAGCAGGAGGAAAAAAGGACAAAAGAAACUGAAUGCAAAACUGAAAAGAAAGAAGAUGAGAAAGACACAAAACAAAGUAGUGAUGAAGUCAAGAAGAAAACUGAAAAUCCAGGAAGAAAAAAUGCAGCAGCUUCAUCCUCUGCUCUUAGAGCUUCUACGAAGUCAUCUGUCUCGUCACGUUCAGCUCGACCAUCGGCCAGGAGAGACGCCAUGGCCAAGUUUCAGAAAGAAGAGACUCCAGGUGUCCGAAACUUUAAGGUUCAACGGACGUCUGUAGGUAUAGCUGGUGGAGCAUCAAUCAAACAGAGAAUUCUCAACUGGUGCAAAAGCAAAACACAAAAAUAUGAGGGCGUCUCCAUAGAUAACUUCUCUUCUUCUUGGAGUGAUGGUUUGGCAUUUUGUGCUCUUGUCCAUCGCUUCUUUCCAUCUGCUUUUGACUUCUCCACCCUUAAAGCCAGUGAACGAGAGAAGAACUUCACUCUGGCCUUCAGCACAGCCGAAACUCUUGCUGACUGCUGCCCCCUUCUGGAAGUAUCUGAUAUGUUACUAAUGGGCAAAAACCCAGACCCUCUGUGUGUUUUCACCUAUGUACAGGCUCUCUGUCAUCACCUCUCAAAGAUAGAGAAAGAGAGACGAGAGAAAGAGAGCUUAGAAAAGGACAAGGGCAAAGAUGAAGGGGUUUCAGAAGUAAAUGAAAAAGGAGACGGAGAGAGGGAAGAGAGGGAACAAAAUGAAAACGCAGAGCAAACCGGAACAGAUUCAGCCAUGAAGACUGAACAAGAGACAGAUCAGAAUGAAAAUGUAAUAAAUGUGGAUGUUAUGGAUGAGAAAUAAAAAAGGUGAAUGAAUGACUGGGAGAACACUGAAGAGGAAUGUGAGAAUAAUUUAUUCUUGUCAUAAUGUGGUUUUAUGAGCAUGUAGUCAUGUUUGUAUCUCGUGUGGUUGACCACUGUUAUUCUUGGAUAAACUGUUUGUAUAGAUGUGUCAUAUACAGUUAAAGUCAGAAUUAUUAGCCCCCUGAA